GCGGCGGGAGCUGCGCUGGCCAGGGGUUCCGGCUGUAUUUCUAUGAGCGCAGCCGGCAGCUGCGGAGCUGCGGGAACCGGACUCCGGGCGGGCUGGACCGCUGGAGUCAACGAGCAAAGCUUUUAGGUUAAUUUGAAUGUAAGAUCAGAUCUAAUUGGCCCACCUGUACACCUCUUCAAGCAAAGCCCAUAUUCUCCGUGAGAGGAGUAAGCGACAUAGAUCAAGAUGAAUGCCAUGCUGGAGACCACCGAGCUCCCCGCUGUGUUCGAUGGGGUGAAGCUGGCUGCCGUAGCUGCCGUUCUCUACGUCAUCGUGCGGUGUUUGAACCUGAAGAGCCCCACUGCCCCUCCUGACCUCUACUUCCAGGACUCCGGGCUCUCACGUUUCCUGCUCAAAUCCUGUCCUCUUCUGACCAAAGAAUACAUUCCGCCACUGAUCUGGGGGAAAAGUGGACAUAUCCAGACAGCCUUGUAUGGGAAGAUGGGGAGGGUGAGGUCGCCACACCCUUACGGGCACCGCAAGUUCAUCACCAUGUCGGACGGUGCCACUUCUACAUUCGACCUCUUCGAGCCCCUGGCUGAGCACUGUGUUGGAGAUGACAUCACCAUGGUCAUCUGUCCUGGAAUUGCCAAUCACAGCGAGAAGCAGUAUAUCCGAACCUUCGUUGACUAUGCCCAGAAAAAUGGCUACCGUUGCGCAGUGCUGAACCACCUGGGAGCCCUCCCCAACAUUGAACUGACCUCCCCACGCAUGUUCACCUAUGGCUGCACAUGGGAAUUUGGAGCCAUGGUGAACUACAUCAAGAGGACAUAUCCCCAGACCCAGCUGGUCGUCGUGGGCUUCAGCCUGGGUGGUAACAUCGUGUGCAAAUACUUGGGCGAGACACAGGCAAACCAGGAAAAGGUCCUAUGCUGUGUCAGUGUGUGCCAAGGGUACAGCGCACUGAGGGCCCAGGAGACCUUCAUGCAGUGGGACCAGUGCCGCCGGUUUUACAACUUCCUCAUGGCUGACAACAUGAAGAAGAUCAUCCUGUCUCACAGACAAGCCCUCUUUGGAGACCAUGUUAAGAAACCCCAGAGCCUGGAGGACACGGACUUGAGCCGGCUCUACACAGCAACAUCCCUGAUGCAGAUUGAUGACAACGUGAUGAGAAAGUUCCAUGGCUAUAACUCCCUGAAGGAAUAUUAUGAGGAAGAGAGCUGCAUGAGGUACCUGCACAGGAUAUACGUGCCUCUCAUGCUGGUUAACGCAGCUGAUGACCCCUUGGUGCAUGAAAGCCUUCUAACCAUUCCAAAGUCUCUCUCAGAGAAACGGGAGAAUGUCAUGUUUGUGCUGCCUCUGCACGGGGGCCACCUGGGCUUCUUCGAGGGCUCCGUGCUGUUCCCUGAGCCGCUGACGUGGAUGGAUAAGCUGGUGGUGCAGUAUGCCAAUGCCGUUUGCCAAUGGGAAAGGAGUAAGUCCCAGUGCUCAGACACGGAGCAGAUGGGGGCGGAGUUGGAGCAGAUGGAGGCGGAGUUGGAGUGAGGCCUCCGGACUCUGACGGCGCUCCAGCGGCCCCCCUCUGGAGCUCACGUCCCUUCGACGGCUGUUUCAGAUCACCCAGUGACCUGAAUCUGACCUCACACCAUCACUGGGGGGUUACCCAUCAUGCAACCUGUCUCAAGUAGGCGGCUCUCCCUGGGAGCUCCGGGCUAUUUUUGUGUUUAGUUAACGGGUUUUCUCCAUUGCAUUGUUAGCCACGGUGACAAGCUAUAAGAUUCUCACCCUUCUGUCCAUUCUCAGUAUCUGAUUGCUUUCACGCUGGUCACACCGAGUUUUCCUAUUAAGGAGCAAGUGUGAACUACAGUUUUGCUUUUGCCAGUCAAAGGCCUUUCCCUGGGAACAGAGAAGGAUGUACUUCACUUUGUGAUGGAUGUGUGCUCCCUACGAGAGUCCGCACCAAGAAGUCAGCAUCUCUGGUGCUGAAGAAGUCACUCCGCUUGGAAAGCCUGAAAACCGGGGGCUUCCUGAGUUUUGCCUGUGAAGCGAAGGAAAUUCUCUGAAUCAAAAGCCAAGUUUCCCUUCUCAUUGCCCCCUAAGACAGCCGUGUCUUUGUCUUGCUGCUGCUGAGAGUUGCAUGGGGCACUUGUCUAAAAAUUCAGCCUCCCAGAUCCCUCCCCUCAGAGAGGCUGACUCAGUAGGCUCGGGAAGGGCUCUGGGGAUUUUAAUUUUUGACAAGUGCCCCAGGGAAUUCUCAUCAUCCAGCAAACUGAGGGGAACACCAUGCUACCACGCCUUUAAGUUAGAAACAUCUUGGUGGCUCAUUCAAUUGACAUGCAUAAGCCACAGUGUCUCUUUGCUCCCAGAGACCUCCAGAGCAGCAAGGCCUGUUGUCUGGCUGCCCUUGUGUGAUCUCCCUAAAAGGGAGAAGACAUUUGAGCUGAUCCCUGGCUCCGUUCUCCCCGGCUGUAUGACCCUGGAUGAGUCCCUUUGGACUUGACUCUCUUCCCCUAUUAGUGGGGGAUUGGACCAGGUAGAUUGCCGAGAUGACCACCAGUGCAUCCUUCCAGGGGUGCCUGGGUCUCCACCUCCCAGGCUGAGCAUGUAAACACCAUUAAUUGCAUUUUUUCCCCUUCCCCAUCUCAUAGAAAGAGAUUUGAGAGUCUUAAUCACUCUCUUGUCAUUUUAGUUUUUCAUCCCAGUUCUACCCAACGUCUAAUUGAUACCAAACAACCCAAAAGUUGGAUGUGAGUUUGAAGAAAUGUAUUUCCAGCUAAGAGAAGAGGGUGUUCUUCUGAAGUUGGUUUGUCCUUAAAUAGCCCCUUUGUGUUAUCUGUUGGGGAGAUCUUUCUGAAAUGUCUCCUCAAGCAGAAUUCUCACUCUAGGGUUUAAGUACUCCUCACUCUAGGGUUUAAGUACUCCUCACUCUAGGGUUUAAGUACUCCUCUUCUGGGAACCCUGUGGUACUUGAGUCCCUAAGAACCUGCACUUUGAAAAGUCCACAGUUGCUAUCUGGAAUUGAAGAAGACUAUGGGUGGAUUUCCUGGAUGCACGAUUGUUUCCUCUGCUUCGUUUCCAUGGGCACCAGGACAGACUGAGAUGUAGUCGUGGGUUUGUGUGGAUGUUAAAGGAGCCACCUGAAUGCUUGGGGGCUGCAGGUGGAAUAGAGCCUGGGCCCUGGCCUGAGAGACUCACAGGAAAGCCUGUACACGAAGCACUGUUUUCUGACAAUCACUGGAUCAUCCCAGUCAUCAGUAGCCAUUGUCUCAGAGCACUGAGAUGUCUGCACAGCCUCCAGUUUGCUUUUUGCUAUAAUUUCUCACACUCACUGACUCCUGUCCCCGCGCCCCUCUCAUGGUGGCCAUUUCUCUGUCGCAUUUCUCUUAGCACAGAUUGGCACUUUAUCAUUCGUCCCUCGAUUUGGAAGCGAAUCCUCCUCUGUCGAUUUUCCCUCCACCAUACCACAGUUACAGUCUAGAAGGCUCACACAUAGUUCCUGCUUCCUGCCUUCAUCCCCGAAGACUUUGAAUGAGAGCAAUAAGGUCAUAGAGUUGAGUCACUGUCCAUGGAAGCGAGGGGCUCCCUUUGCUUGCCCGAGGUCAUCUCUUUCCAAGUCCUAACAAAGCAGUGGCUUGGGUGCCACCUGCUUCAGAUAAAGUCAGCUCUGUAGUCACAUUUAGGAGGAAGUAGGCUGUCCUGGGAGCCUGGUCUAUGCAGCAGCCCUAGAGGCCCGCUGGGGAGAGGUAGAGCUACCACACUCCUGGAGAUCCAGCCCCUGGGCCUGUGGGAGGGGAUGUGUGCCGGCUGAAGCCUCCUUAGUGUAUAGCUUUGAAUGGUUCUGGCGUUCCAUUUUACUUCACAUGAAAUCAACUGAAGCCCUUUAUUCAAGCUUUGAGCAUGGAAAUGAGGCGGUGACCAUGGCAGUUGGACAGGAAGAUUCUUGUGUGACCCUGAAUUGAGAGUACAGAGGCAUGACUGUGUAGGUGCCAGCUUGCCUAAUGAAUGAGGGAACAGCCCUUUAUGUAGGUCAGCCCUUCCUCCGGGCUUCCUUGCUUUCUUCCCAAAGUCAUCCAUUCCUGAUAAUGAUGUGACCUGUCUGCUGGCUACCAAGUCCUUACUUGGACCAAAGGCUGAAUUUGUAGAAAUCGUUUGGGCAUUCGGUUUUUAAAUCAAGGAUAUAAAUUACAUGGAUGUAGACAAUUCUGUGGCAGGAAUAACAUUAAGACCCAAGUGGGGAGUGCACCUAUAUUAUUCCAGUUGUAUUCCCUGCUUCCCAAAUAAUUGGAAAGCAUGGACUUCAGUCAGAUUAGGAUUACUAGCUUGGAAAAAAUUAUCAAGACUGCAUAGUUAGCAGUUAUCAGGAAGGCUUGCAGACUUGAAAACCCGUUCUUUCCUGCAUCAGCUUGGCAUCUUCCAUGCCAGAGCAGAAUGAAGGUGGAAAGCGUGUCAGUGUAUUCCUUUCGUUUCUGUGGCAUCCUACACUCACAGGGAACCUUAGGAUCUACUGAAAUACUCCAGUAAGGGUGUCUUCCUUUAUUCACAUGGUGUUACAGAGCCAGGGUCAGGAGACAUGAUUUCUCAUCCUCACUGGCUCUGACUCGUGCCAGACACACGGGCAAGUCACUUCACCUCUCUGAACCUGUUACCUCGUUCUACAUCGUCCCUGAGGCCGCUUCACUCACCUGUGAAUCAUUCUCUCUGUCGUUGCUAAGUAUGUCUGAAGUUGAACAUAGAAGGGAGUGAAUCCCAACCCCUAAGCUCAUCUUGAGAGAGAAGGAGCGUGUGCAUUUCCUAGUUAGGACCCGAGACAGCAUCCAAAGCCCUCUCUUUUGCCUCUCUUCCUAGUCUUCACUGUUAUGACAGUUUCCUUGCUAUUCUGAGGGUAGUCUUGUGACUGUAGCAGGUGAGGGCCACCAGUAAUGAGGAGAGAGCCUCUGGCUUCAGUGUGACCAGGCAAAUUGUAGAUGGUUGCCAAGACAGAAGUCCUUCUUGUGCAGGCUCGUUCUGAACUCAGCUGAACCUUCUGGGUAUCGAGCUUAUCUGGCUGGCAUCCGGAUGAGCGCUCUCUUUGUGAGUGGCUGACUUGAGAUAGAGUUUGCCAGCUCCGGAGAUUCAGAACAGGUGUUUAUGUUUGCCCCGGAAGCAGGUGUUAGAGAUGUGAGAGGCUUUUCUUUUCCUGUGGCCUUGAUCCUGACUUAAGUGACAGUUUUAAAAGAAGAAGAAGGUGGGGGUGGAGACAGGAUUUGUGGAGUUGAAAGAAUGCCUGGGUUUUCUUCCUUUAGGCCCCCAAGGGAGUUCUUAGGAAGCGUGUCAUCAUCCUGUCUGCAGUAUCAUCUGGAAUUUGUUUUCUUUACCCAGAAAGCCUUAACUUGCCUCUAGAAAAUCCCCUGGUAUGACAAAAUUGUGGCAUAAGAAUUCAAACUCUUCUGCUAUGAAAGUCUGAAGCAAAGCCACAGCCAAACCAGAGAAUUUCCUCAGGUGGCCUGGAGGCUCCUAUGACACCACCCCCUUCUCUCACCCCAACAACACGAGUGAUCUGGAACAAGCCCCUCCACCCGUCUUCUUGGCCUUACUCUCUUUCAAAGCCACAUUAGAUCACUCAAAUGCUUCCAAAAGGGGCCUGCUUGGCAUUUAGAGGCCAAACCAUUGAGGGCCAGGUUUCUUCCACCUGUUAUCUAAGCAAAGGACAGUAUCUCCUCUGUCUGGGGUCGAUUUUCCUAAACUAUAUUUACGCUAAGGACACAGGAGCAGGCCCCUGCUGGCCAAGGAACCAGAACAGCAUCCAGAGCAAAGGCUGCUCUGCUGGCCUUGCUGCCUCCAGGUGCUACAGCCCAGCAUCCUCCUGAAGUGGUCCUUAGAAACAGACCACAGAGUACAGCUUGCCAACGGUCCCCAGACACCCAGAACACAGACAGCUGUCUCUUUUGGAAGAGCCCGUCUGCCAUGUUUUCCAGCUGUUUUUUCCUAGCAUUUAUGUAGGUAGAGCUUUCACCAAUGCCUAAUAAAGAAGCCGAAAUCAAUUUCUAAUUGGUAGAUUAAGACUGACAUGGUGAGUUUCAGAACAUUCACAACUUUUUACUAGACUCCUGUCAAGUAGGAAAUCCAUAACUGGUCCCCAUUAGCCAAGUAAUCUUCUGUUGCCAUAAAUUGGGGACAGUUCACUUCUAGCACCUUUAGGAGUAAGUACCCUUCCUCUGGGUGGGCAUUCUGUCGCAGACCACACACACAGAGCAGUCAACAUCACCUGAAAUCAUUGCCGACCUCCUCGGUCCCCCUGCUUUCCCAGGCUGCUCUCAUGAGGUAACCGAGUCCCUGGCUGUAGGACCUAGGCUCGCCUAGGUCUUCAUUUUGGCUCUUUCGUUCUCCUAAAGCACAAAUCUGUGUAGAAUCCUGUUACCUCUCCACACCUGAUCCAGGUGACCUGGCAUUCUCCCACAGCCUCAGGCAGACCUUCAGUGUACCUGAGCUUGCAACUUUUCCCCCUACUGUCGCUGCCUUAGUGACCAGGGCUGGGGUGGGGGAGGGUCCAGUUCGCCUCCCUCCUUUUCCCAGGUAGACUCCAACUGACCACAGUCUUAGUUGGCAGAUCUGCUUCCAGAUUGAUUUUUUUUUUUUUCCGAGAACCAUCACUUUCACAUUCCUGAUUCUAAUGAGUUUUGUUUUGUUCUCUCUGGGUUUCACGGAACUCCAGAUGCUGCCCUGGAAAUACUGUAUUUUGGAGUUCAUGCUCUGGAAGCCCCUGUGCUGCUGGGUCUUUUGACUCCUCCAGCAGCAGGUGUUUUGGACUUGCAAUUAGCAAUGCAAUUUUUUCUAAAUAUGAGGAUAUUUACCUUUAUUAAGAAAUUAUACUAAACAAUGGCGUCCUUGAUUGUUUUAUGUUCUCACGUUACUUUUGAAUCUGUGGUGGUGAAUGAAGAUCAUUACAAACAAAAACUGUAAUUUUGUUAUCUUUGAUUCAACGGAAUUUCUUUACUUAAAAAAAAUAAAAACAAAAAAAAUGUAGA